AUGUCAACUUCAUCUUCACCACCAUCAACUACUAGACCCAAUGAUUAUUUUGAUCUACCAGAAGAAGCCCGAGCCGACGAUCAAUAUGUAGUCGAAAAAGUAGUGGCUAAACGACGAAAUCGAAAAGGAAAAUGGGAAUAUCUACUUAAAUGGGCUGGAUUUGGUGAUGAAGACAACACCUGGGAAGUUCAACAAGACAUUCAUCCUGAUUUAAUUGCUGAAUUUGAACGAAAAAAAACUGAACUAGAUGCCGCAAAUGCAAUUUAUUCAGCAUUAAGUGAAGAUCCACCAAUUAAAACACGUACAUCAUCAGUAAGCCGUGCAGAAUCGCCACCAGCUAAAAAGAAACGAAAAACUGCAAGUACUGUUGAUUCAACAAAACCGAUGACACCGACAACGAAAACAACUGCAACAACAACAACAACAACAACAACAGUAACCGCAACAACGAAUGAAACACCGAAAAAAGUUUUUGGUGUAGAAAAAGGUUGGCGCGUACGAGCGGUUAUUGGAGCAGCGAAACAAAAAGAUUCGACCGUCUUAUAUGCUGUUGAUUAUGUGCAAGGUUCACCAUCAUUGCGUGAAUAUGUUCCUUCGCAUAUAGCUCAUACUCAUAUACCACGAGAACUGAUAGAAUUUUUUCAGAAAAAAAUUGUUUGGAAUUCAUCAAAAGAAAGUAAGAAAACUUAA